GAGCAGGAGAAGGAGGGAGAAGGGAGGGCAUGUGAGCGAGUGAGACACAAGAAAAGCUUGCGCGCCACCGCCCUCCUCGGGAGAGAGGCUGGAGCGAAGCUGAGCGGAGAACCGCAUUUCAAUGAGGACCAGCUCCAGCGCAUCAGUGCACUAGCGGCCGCAGAUUCCAGACGCUCCUGCUCCGCAGCCCCAGCCGCGCCCAGCCCGGCGAGGACAGCUCCAGCAGCGGGCCACAGACGACCCAGCCUCCACUCGCAACCGGUUCCAUACACAAGCCAGUCAUGUCGUUCGGCAGAGAUAUGGAGUUGGAGCAUUUUGAUGAGCGGGACAAGGCGCAGAGGUACAGCAGGGGGUCCCGUGUGAAUGGCCUGCCCAGCCCCACACACAGCGCCCACUGCAGCUUCUACCGCACCCGCACACUGCAGACGCUCAGCUCCGAGAAGAAAGCCAAAAAGGUUCGAUUCUACAGAAACGGCGACCGCUACUUCAAAGGAAUUGUGUAUGCCAUCUCCCCAGACCGCUUCAGAUCCUUCGAGGCCCUGCUGGCUGAUUUGACCCGAACUCUCUCGGAUAAUGUGAAUUUGCCCCAGGGGGUGAGAACCAUCUACACCAUCGAUGGACUCAAGAAGAUCUCCAGCCUGGAUCAGCUGGUGGAAGGUGAGAGCUAUGUCUGUGGCUCCAUCGAGCCCUUUAAGAAGCUGGAGUACACCAAGAACGUGAACCCCAAUUGGUCAGUGAAUGUCAAGACCACCUCAGCCUCCCGGGCAGUGUCUUCUCUGGCCACUGCCAAGGGGGGACCUUCGGAGGUUCGGGAGAAUAAGGAUUUCAUUCGACCCAAGCUGGUCACCAUCAUCAGAAGUGGGGUGAAGCCACGAAAGGCUGUCAGAAUCCUGUUGAACAAGAAGACGGCUCACUCCUUCGAGCAGGUUCUCACUGACAUUACCGAUGCUAUCAAGCUGGACUCGGGUGUGGUGAAGCGUCUGUACACCCUGGAUGGGAAGCAGGUGAUGUGCCUUCAGGACUUUUUUGGUGACGAUGACAUUUUUAUUGCAUGUGGACCAGAGAAGUUCCGUUACCAGGAUGAUUUCUUGCUAGAUGAAAGUGAAUGUCGAGUGGUGAAAUCAACUUCCUACACCAAAAUAGCAUCGGCAUCCCGCAGGGGCACAACCAAGAGCCCAGGACCUUCCCGGCGAAGCAAGUCCCCAGCCUCCACCAGCUCAGUUAAUGGAACCCCUGGUAGUCAGCUCUCCACUCCGCGCUCGGGCAAGUCACCAAGUCCAUCACCCACCAGCCCAGGAAGCCUGCGGAAGCAGAGGAUCUCUCAGCAUGGCGGCUCCUCUACUUCACUUUCAUCCACAAAAGUCUGCAGCUCAAUGGAUGAGAACGAUGGCCCUGGGGAAGGUGAUGAGCUUGGGAGAAGGCACAGCUUGCAGAGGGGAUGGAGGAGGGAAGAGUCCGACGAAGGUUUCCAGAUUCCUGCCACAAUAACAGAGAGAUACAAAGUCGGGAGAACAAUAGGAGACGGAAAUUUCGCUGUUGUCAAGGAAUGUAUAGAGAGGUCGACUGCUCGGGAGUAUGCCCUGAAAAUUAUCAAGAAAAGUAAAUGCCGAGGCAAAGAACACAUGAUCCAGAACGAGGUCUCCAUCUUAAGGAGGGUGAAGCAUCCGAACAUUGUUCUCCUGAUUGAAGAGAUGGAUGUGCCGACUGAACUGUAUCUUGUAAUGGAGUUAGUAAAGGGUGGAGACCUUUUCGAUGCCAUCACUUCCACUAGCAAAUACACAGAGCGGGAUGCCAGUGGGAUGCUGUACAACCUGGCCAGUGCCAUUAAAUACCUGCACAGCCUGAACAUCGUCCAUCGUGACAUCAAGCCAGAGAACCUGCUGGUGUAUGAGCACCAGGACGGCAGUAAGUCACUCAAGUUGGGUGACUUUGGUCUGGCCACAAUUGUCGACGGCCCCCUGUACACAGUCUGUGGCACCCCAACUUAUGUGGCUCCAGAAAUCAUUGCAGAGACUGGAUAUGGCCUCAAGGUGGACAUCUGGGCAGCUGGCGUGAUCACUUAUAUCCUGUUGUGUGGUUUCCCCCCAUUCCGUGGAAGUGGGGAUGACCAGGAGGUGCUUUUUGACCAGAUCUUGAUGGGCCAAGUGGACUUUCCAUCUCCGUAUUGGGACAAUGUGUCAGAUUCUGCUAAGGAGCUCAUCAACAUGAUGCUGUUGGUUAACGUGGACCAGAGAUUUUCGGCCGUGCAAGUCCUUGAGCACCCCUGGGUUAACGAUGAUGGCCUCCCAGAAAAUGAACAUCAGCUGUCAGUAGCUGGCAAGAUCAAGAAGCAUUUCAACACGGGCCCCAAGCCGAGCAGCACGGCAGCUGGAGUUUCUGUAAUAGCAACCACCGCUCUUGAUAAGGAGAGGCAGGUUUUCCGACGAAGACGCAACCAGGAUGUGAGGAGCCGGUACAAGGCACAGCCAGCUCCACCAGAACUCAACUCGGAAUCAGAAGACUACUCCCCCAGCUCCUCUGAGACUGUCCGCUCCCCCAAUUCGCCCUUUUAAUAAGACCCCUUUACUCGAAGCCCUAGCUUAACCCUUUAAGACUCUGAGAUUCCCCCUCCCCCCAAACUUCUGUAAAACAGGUUCAUCUGAUCUACCUAGCACUCAGUGCUGAACGGCAGAACAGAAAGUAUAUUUCGGGUACCUUUGUAGCAAGUUCCCUUUACUGAAUGAGAAGGCAUGUGGUGUUUGUGACAACGGUAAUUUGCUGCUAAUAGGGGUCCUUAAAGGGUUGAGGCUAAUUUGCGAUUUUUUUUUUCUUUUAACAUAGAAGUAACGAAUGUUUUCAUCAGUCAGACUAGGAUCUGCAGUAUGUAACAUAGCACAUGUUAGCCCUCUGAGUGCAUAGAAUUUGCUUGAGAAUCCUUGCUGGGGAAUUUUUCAGACCCUUGAGUGUAUUCACACAUAUUUCUUGAUUUUACUGCAGACCAAGGGGCGUCAUUGAGACCCAAAAUGUCCACCCAAGAAGAGUAUGGGGGAAUGACACAUUGCCAGUUCUUCUCGGUGGGCUUAGACAAUGGCGGGUUCUACAGCAUCAGCAGAUGCACCCUCCUUCUUAGCCAUCUUAUGAAGAAGGGAAGUCCCUUUCCCUACGUAGUAAGCUGCAGAGCCUUCUCUGCUCGGAUUGGAGGGAGUUAGGUUUGUGGCUGCCUCUCCCAAGUGAUCGACAGUGUCUCUCCCCUGUCUCCAUUCACUGCCGUGCUGAAGGCGCCCCUGAAAUGCUGCUUCCCCAUUAGCUGCUGCUAGUGCCAGGCAGACCCUCGGGGAACCACCUAGCCUUGGCUUGUGCUCGGUGAGUUGGGAUCUGUCUGCUCAGGGUCAGAAGAGCUCUAGAAACAACUGGUGAGAAGAGCAAUAAAUUAUCAGGUGCUCUGCAGGGCCGGGAGUCCACCGGCAAGGAAAAGCAAGGCUCUGCGUUGUUGUUGUUGUCGUUUUCUUUUCUCAGCUGCUUUUACACAGGACCAUAGCCACCAGUGCGAAACCAACACAGAAUGGAAAAGACCCGGGGCACGUGAGAGCAAGAGGCAAGUGCUUUGCAAAGAGGCUGAAAGGAAAAUACAGAGAAAACACAAUCCAAAAUGUUCUAAAACGGGAUUCAUAGAACCAAACAGAUUCCAUGAGUAACUCUAGGUACCAGGAAGUCAGUUCCAGGAGGUCUCCCAGAAGAUACCUCAGAGGCUGAAGCCACCACUCCCACUCACGAUUUUCUUUACUUUAUUUAGCAUGGUCUCUAGUCCUCCAGGAGGGAUGCGUUGCUUUUCUGGUUUGGGGCCAAGCCUGGCUGGGAUUGGGUUUUCACUCCUGUUACGCAAUCUGUCUCGGAGGCCUGGGUUUCCUUGGGAGCCCAUUGUUUCAGAAUGUAGGCUUGUGCUUCCUUUUCAUUACUUCCCUGCUCCAGAGGGAUGCAGGAGGGUGUGGGAGGGUGUGGGAGGCAAGGCCCAACUCAAACGUUGCCCUAAUGUUUUCUCAGCUUUGACUCAAGAGAGAACAAUUUUAAACUCCAGGGUGGCUACAAGUUCCUUAUUUGCUCAUUACUGCUUUGAAUGUAUUUCAAUGUCCUGCAAGUUAUGAACAACCUUCCCAUAGUCAGGUGGAGAUAUUUCCGAACUCCACGCCGAUCUGCAGCUGCUGUGUUUAUACAUAGUCAUUAAACUAUGUUCCUCACACAUGUAGAUUUUUAAAUAACAGGAUCCCAUAUUUCCUGCUCAUUUAAACAUAACAUUUAUUUAGUUUUUUUUUUUUUUCCUUUUUUGGGAGUCCAGAAAUGAUACACAUAAAUUCACAAAAUGCUAUAAAUCCAUAUAUUAUUUGAAUUGGGUGAUGGGACUAGAGACAGGGCACAGACCACCAGGAAGGGUGUCGAUUUGUAGAUAGAGUCCAUAUAGGUAAAGGACAAGAACUGCUCUGAAAUUGCUACUUUCUCUGGAACGGAAAAGCAAAGCGCUAUUCUAAGAUCAGCGAGCAAUGGCGUCGCUGAGCCUCAGCUCCCCGUGUGUGACUAUAAAACACCCUACGGCCAAUAGCAGAUUGCCACUUUCCUCUCUCUGAAUUACUGCUUUCCCCGGUCAUUAACGUAGCCACAGCGUCCAGGGGUUACAGGACCACAGUGCAAGGCUCUGGAAUUUUUCCAUCGACAUUCUCUCAUCAUGCUGAAGAAGGGCAGCUCAGAAGAAUUCAGAGCCCAUUCAGAAGGACGAUCGCAGCACAUCCCUAUAGAAUUUCAGUGAUCUACGCUGAAUAAGUAGCGGAAUGUAACCUGUCAAGUAGAAAUAUUGAGCAAUCACAUGGAAUGCAGUAAUUCAAGAAUCUUGCCAGUGUGGAGCCACCAAGAUCUUAGACGUCAGAGUUGUAACUCAGAGGGCGAAGGGACAGCACACACUGAAGACUGGGUGCAUCCAGAUAGCUUUGCUUUCAGUCAACACGGAUAUCCUCCCCCUCAGCAUUCUCAGAAUAGCUCCAGUUUGAAAUAAUUAAGUGGUGGUGUUCUUUGAAUUUCUAUAACCAAAUCAAUCUUAUUUUUUAUUUUGUGUAUCAUAGAACAACUAUGUGCCACUAUGGCUGUGUGUCGCCGUAAUUCUCCACUGAACUAUCAUGACUGUUUGCCUAUCUUUGAGUAUUGAAUAUAACUCUUAUGGUGGUAGUCUGGUGAUGGGACUUGCCCUUCCUUUACCAGCAAGACCAGUCUUUUGGUGUUGGAAGGGUUCUUUCGGUUUGAGAGUAGAGUAGUUGAACACUCCUUCAUUACUUGCUUCCUGUAAAUCAAUUCUGUAGAUGAGAACCAUUAUACUAAUGAGUACAUUUCCCCCUCAACAUUGUAGAAGGAACCACUUUAUUUGUCAUGAUCAAUAAAUAUGUGAAUUGUUCCAAACCGUUAGAAGAAAACGUUAAGGUCUUCAGUCCCUGGGAAUGCUCUGGCUGUAGCCCCCCCGCUAACCCACACGUGGUGGUGGUGUGUAUUAAUAUGAGUCCAGGGGAAAUAUGAAUAAACGACGGAAAACACUUGAUGCUCUGCGUUCCUGAGACUUCCCUGCAGUCUGCUUAGCCCUUUUAUGAGUGGUGGUUAACAGGCCUGUCACAUAGUGUUGAGAGAGAGCAGUAUAUCUGUGAAAAAAGGCCAAAAUUGCAAUCUUUUCCCCUUCCAGGCAUAUUUAAGUUGGGAAAAAAAAAACAGGAAAGAAAAAUUGUCUCAGAGGGCCACGGAGCUACCGAAUCUCCAGGACUCAAGCACGUUAAAUCAUGGUUGUUUGCCGACCACAGGCAUUGCCUAGACAACUCUAUCCCCUGUGCUGAAGUGCAGUUGUGCUGAGGGGAAACUGUCUCCACAUUAUUGUGCUGCCUCUAGCCCUUCUCUGGGUGUCAGCAUUUCCAUGAUAAACUCCUAUUCUGGAAGGUUUUUAAUUUGACCAUAAAAAUGUGCCUCAGGCUGAGGCUUGCCAUUCGAGGCCUGUUCAGAAGAGGGAAGGGGCACAUCUCACCCUUCUCAACUUCUCCUCCGCUCCUGAGAAAGGGCCCACCCCGAGAUGUCUGAUUGCAUUACCUUCAUUGUGAUUCCAGAGUCUUGGAAUGCGCCAAGAUCCAAGAUGGUAAUUUUAACAUAACUAUCCAUUCGGAUAUGUUCUCUCCAAAUGGCUCAACUAACAUAUAAGAUUUUUUUUAUUAUUUUUAACUUUUUAAUUACUAUGUGAUUCUCCCUCUCUCUCCCUCUCUGUCUCUCUUUGUCCCUCUCUCUGUUUCUCUUUGUCCCUUUCUCUGUCUCUCUUUGUCCCUUUCUCUGUCUCUCCUUGUCCCUCUCUCUGUCUCUCUCUUUGUCCCUUUCUCUGUCUCUCUCUUUGUCCCUCUCUCUGUCUUUCUUUGCCCACCCCACCCCCCUUCCCCCUCUGUCCAAAUAUUUUUACGAACUUGAACUUGAUCAGCCCAAAGGUCCACUUUUCCCAUGAGAUGCCUGCUACUUCCAUUGGGAAUUUGCAACAAUAACUCUCUGCCCCAGGGGAGCACUGGUUUGCAUGCUGUGUGGAGGAUCAGAUACAUGCUUCUUUAGAAAUCUGGGUUUCCGGAGUUUAAUCAUCAGAUUUCAUGAAGGCACUCUAGUCUGUUGGGAGAAUAGCAGUCCAAGGAGCCCCCACAAUUAACACUUUUUUCAACUCAGAUUCGAAGCCAGCGUAAAGUAAUACACUUCCUACUCUCCCGUUUAAAGGCAGAUAAAUCAGAGAAACUUGAGGACAUUUGAAACAUUUGAUGACCGCAAAAGCUCUUUACACUUGGGCUCUCCGGUGCUUACACAGGGAGCAGUUAGGAACUGGGACCCUGGGAUGUCAGAUGGAAUCUUUAGUUUGUAAUUACAUACAGAUGGGGGAGGUGCUUUAAGCCGCUCUUUUGUUUUUUAAUCAUCUCAAAUAUGCAGCCAGCCAGCCAGUAGCACUAAGGAUCAUAAACUGAUGGGAAACAGGAAAUCCAAGGUAGAGGUUUAGAAUGCCUCACUCAGCUUGGGCAUUUUUGUUUGUUUCUGUGGCUGGCUCUAACAUGGAGGCCUCUGUGGUCAUUUUUCGGUAAAGUGAGCAUCUAACUGGCAGGUGUUGUGAUCAUGCAGUUUGCCCGUGGAAACAAACAAGGGGUGUGGAUUUAUUGCUUUCCGUCAAGAAAAGGCAGUCUCUCAGCCGCACCUGUAAACCUCCUCCACACUUUUUUAUUUAUUUAUUUUUUGGUCAACUAAACUGAAACCCUUAAUGUUACCUUAAUGUAAAAUUGUAUAUUUUUGACUGUGACAUACUUUACUAAUUUUAAGUAAUUAGUGCUUAAGCCUUCAGAACUAUUGGUAUUAAGAGUAGGAUGUUAAAGUGGUACUAAACAACUUAAUGCUAAUUCAUUCCAUCAUGCUCGGCUGUAGUCAGGGACAGACUGGGAAUAGUUCUCACUUGCCCCUGACAUUAAAUCCUUGGUGUGUUCGAAGAAUAAAUAAAGAGAAACUGAAGCUGGUUCAAGGUUAGAGUCAUAUCCUUGACAACGUUUUUUUUUAAUUUUUUUAUUAGGAAAUUAAUAUUAGCCUUUUUCAUUCUGGCUGAAAGAAAAUUAUUAAAGGAUUAGUUGAGUGUGAAAUUGAAUAGUCCUUUACCCCUGCAUACUAAAGAGGUGGGCUGGGGACUUGACACAUUAAACAAGUUUCCCUCAAGGUUUUGAGUUGGAGAAAACAAUUCAACGUUUCCUUUGGAGAGUCUGCCCUUGUCACUUGCUGCAUGGAUCGGAUGACGUAGGUUAGUGUCUGAUUUUGGAAUCCCAAUGAGAUAACGUUCAAACAAUUUAUCCCCAUAAUUAAAGGUGGAAUGGUAUCCAAUUUCCCCCCAAUCCUUCAGUUUAAGCUCAUAAAUUGUAGGUGAAUGUGGAAUGAAAUCAUCUGUGAUAUAUUAUGUUCAUUUACCAAAUGAGCUCUUUUUGAUGUUGCCUGUUUUUAUGUAAAACAUGUUCUUAAACUAAUAAAGUAAUAUCUCUUGGUGUACAAACUA